AAAAAAAAAAAAAAAAUACUAACGCAAGCAGCAUCUAAGAAUGAGUUAGUUCCUCCAAGUAGCCGUGGCCGAAAUAAUGGCGACUAAGUUUUCCCUCUUCCGACCUCGUCCUCUACCACCGAUCACACUCUUUCCCGCUGCCAAACCCCGAUUCGUCGCAGCCCUCUCUUGCGGCGGCAACGCUGUUACCUCCUUUUCAUACGGCCCCUCCCUCCAGAAAGGCCACUCGCCUCUUCCUCUUGAAUUACGAAGGUGCCCCUCCUUCGCCGGCGAGAACGUCGCUUCCCUUGACGAAGCUACCUUCACUCGAGUCUUCGACAUUUCUGCACUCCGUGUCCCUUCUGCAAUCUGUUCCGCGCUGGAAAACCGCCUGCGCGGCCACCUCCUCAACUGGCCCCGAAUUAGGAAUAUCACCAGAGUGCCAGGCGACGAAAUUGACGAGGAAAUCAAAACCCUUUUGCCCCAAUCCGCCAGCGGCGCUGAAGCGGAAGGUGAAGCGCUGGUGGCAUUGAACCGUAGGAUAUACGGGAAGGCGGAGUGGGAUGGCGAGCCGCUGAAUGCGGUUCUAUAUCGGGAUAAGCUAGCGAGAACUUUUAAUUCGCAAGGGUAUGCUAGCUUUAGGAAUCUGGCUAGGAUAUCGAGACCGAAGAAGGGGAAAACGAGGGAUGAUGGUGAAAAGAGGGCGAUGAAAGGGGUCAGGAGGAGUGAGGGGGCGUUAGUAGAGGUUGUUGAGUUCCAUGAUAGUGAAGACUUGAGUGGGUUGCUGGGAGAAGAUGCUCCGCAGCAGCAAAAGUGGCUAGGCCCGACGCGGCUGCUGCUCUUGGAUGAGCGGUAUUCCAAUAAAAGCAUUGAGGAAUUGCCUCAGGCAAUUAAGGUUGUUUUUGAGGAGGAUGAUAGGCAGCACACAGAAUCAGCUUUUGAACUUGUGAAAUGCAAAUUGACUCUGUUUUAUGAUUAUUGGCAACUGAGCGAGAUCUUGGAGGCUUUGCUUCCCAAAGGAAUGACUGUUCCUUCAGCUUUUGAAACAGUAGGACACAUUGCUCACCUAAAUCUGAGAGACGAGCAUCGUCAAUAUAAAAGCCUUAUCGCUAAGGUGGUUUUGGAUAAGAAUAAGCCAAAGAUACAAACAGUUGUAAACAAAGUUGAUUUUAUUCAAAAUAACUACAGAACAAUGCAGCUAGAAGUUUUGGCAGGCAACAAUUCCCUUGUGACGACAGUAGUGGAGAAUGGACUGCGAUUCCAUGUUGAUUUAGCGGCUGUAUAUUGGAACUCGAGGCUUGCAACUGAAAGGCAGCGGCUGCUAAAUUGCUUCACUGACAGAGAUGUUGUGUGUGAUGUUUUUGCUGGGGUUGGUCCAAUUGCCAUCUCUGCUGCAAAGAAAGUCAAAUAUGUGUAUGCUAAUGAUCUCAAUCCUUGUGCUGUUGAGUAUCUUGAGAAGAACUGUGUCCUCAAUAAACUUGAAAGGAAAAUUCAGGUAUUUAACAUGGAUGGGAGGAGAUUUAUUGAAACUGUUUUUACAUGCCAGAAAGCUCCCAUCACUCAAGUAGUCAUGAAUUUGCCACAGGAUGCAGCUGAGUUUCUUGAUUGUUUUAGGGGACUUUUCCAUGGACUUGGCCUUGGUAAAGGUUGUACUUUGCCAAGAAUUCAUGUUUAUGGUUUCUCAAAAGCUCAAGAUCCGGAAUUCGAUUUUCACGAGAGAAUUAGAAUUGCACUGUCGGAGGUGGCUUUUGAUGUACAGAUGCAGAGAGUUCGCCUCGUCGCUCCAGGAAAAUGGAUGUUAUGCGCAUCAUUUGUCUUGCCGGACAGAGUGGCAUUCUACAGAAGAGGUUAGAAAUUGUGAAGAAGACAUACAAACGUUUUAUAUGUAGUAUUGAUAUUAUUUUGACAGUCCAACUUCAUUAGACGAGACCUGCGUAUAAAUAUUUAUAUAUAUUGAGAUCUUUUUGAUAA